CUGCUGGUGAAGGGGGUGAAUGAGACGCUGGUAGCUCAGAGAGUGGUGCCGGCUCUCAUCACACUGUCCUCCGACCCUGAAAUCUCAGUGAGGAUAUCCACCAUCCCUGCCUUUGGUACCAUCAUGGAGACUGUCACGCAAAAGGAGCUGCUGGAGCGUGUAAAAAUGCAGCUGGCGUCAUUCCUGGAAGACCCUCAGUACCAAGAUCAGCACUCUUUGCACAUGGAGAUCAUCAGGACAUUUGGAAGGGUCGGACCCAAUGCAGAGCCACGCUUUAGAGACGAUUUCGUGUUGCCACACCUUCACAAGCUGGCGCAGGCCAACAACAGCCAGGCUGUGGAAAACAAGAGGAUUGACAUCGCCACCCAGCUGUUUGAGGCCUACAGCGCCCUCUCCUGCUGCUUCAUUUCUGAGGAGGUGAUGAUGAACCACUUCCUGCCUGGCCUCAGGUGUCUCCACGCUGACAUGGAGCAACUCUCCCCAGAACACGAGGUUAUUCUGAACUCUAUGAUCAAAGAAUGUGAAAUCAAGGUGGAAAACAGAGGAAUGGGAGACGCACAAGGCUCCAUGUCCAUCGCCUCCAGUUUGGUGGGUGAGGAUGCCAAGACCAAGUUCCUGAGCAAGAUGGGUCAGCUAACCACCUCUGGCGCCAUGCUGGCCAACGUCUUCCAGAGAAAGAAGUGAUCACAACACUGACUGACUGAUCAAGCCCUGCGACUAACUGACCUUCCCUGCUGGGAGCAUUUCAUUUUACUGGAAAAGGCAUUGGUUCAGCCUAAAACAGAAGCAAUCCAAGAUUAUUGUUUAUUCAAUUUCAAGAGAUUAAGAUUUGCUGAAAGUUGAGGUGAUUUCAAAUCUCCAGUGCAGCAGGACACCGUGUUCUUUAAAGGUGAACAGCAAUGUUUUUUAAAGUGAAAGCUGAGGGUUUCCCCUCUGCCCAUAUUUCCCCUCCUUAAACCUUAAUCAUGACGAAAGGGUUGUCGAGGACUAGGGAUUUGGUUUUGUGAGUCAAUCUUGUUAACAUUGUCAUUUCAGAGAGAGGAUGAAAUGGAACAGUAUUGAAAUUCACUCGAAAGCGAUAACAAGGAACUUGCUUCCUGGACGUUGCUGGACUCGAAAGUAUCACAGAAUUUCAAUUUCAAUUUCAGUGCAGUUCUACUUGUAUCAGAAGAGCUUCUCUCGUCUCUAGGAAGCAAAACUCUGAGCACGGCCUGCUGGAUUUUAUUUUGAAUUUUUAAACGCCAUUUUGGAGUUGUCCAUUCACUUUGCAUUUGUCAUUGAGUAAUUGUGCUGAAAGACAACAAAAUGGAUCCAAGUCUGUUAAGAAUGCCUUGUGCAGUGUAUAUCUGUACAACUCGCCUACUUGAAGCUAUGAAAUAGUCUUGCCUUUAUUACUUCAAAGUCUGUCUCUGGUUUUUGUUUUGAUAGCUUCUAUUUUAUAACUUAUUUAUGUCUUAAUGAAGAAAAAACAUACCUUAUUCCAACUUCCAAAGAUAUUUGCACUUCACUUUACUAUUUUGUUUGUUUAUUAGAUAUAUAUAUAUGUUUUAAUUGAGAGUAUUACACAUGGUGAACAUUAUCACUACGGUUUAUGAUUAUUUUUUUGUUCAUCUGUUUUGGCAAUGUGUAGUUGAAGAGAACACUGAUCAUAAUUAUUCCCUCUGUCCGUUGCAUCUAGUCUCUCUGUGUUGCAGUGUCUCUGAUAAUUGUACUGCUUUUUUUUUUUCUAAAGUGGGUAUUUGGUUCUUUUUUUGUUGUUGUUCUUUUUCAGUAUGCUCUAAGAGAAACAGUAAAUAACUGUAUCAUACACUGAACCGAAGAGGAUGGUACUCAUUAUGUAUAUUUGAAAUUGGUGUCAUGGUGUAAUAAAAGAUGGAGAUGAGUUGUGUUCUUAAAUGUA